AUGGUGCGCAAGAACGACGCUUCGGCGGUUCAAGCCCAGACGUCUCUGGCCUUUGCGAAACUCCUCUCAUCGUCUUCAUCAACCUCAAAAUCAACUUCAGGCUCCUCGCCCCGCCCGUCCCGUCCAUCCACCGCCGCCAUAACCGACGCCCUCGACGCCGUCUGCAAACUGACCGGCAUCGGCCCCGCCACGGGGACCUUGAUCCUCAACGUCUUCGACCCGGUCCACGUCCCCUUCUUCCAGGACGAGAUGUACCUGUGGUUUUUUCCAUCCGCGGACAAAAAGCUCAAGUACUCGCUCAAGGAGUACACGGCGCUGCUCGAGGCCGCGGGGCCGGUGUUGGAGAGGUUGAACGUCACGGCCCGCGAGUUGGAACAGGUCGCUUACGUCCUGGGUCAUGUGGAUUUGUUGGAGGGGGUGGAGCGGAAGGGCUUGCUCGACGCGUUUGACGAGCAUCCGGGGCUCGAUGAGGCGGGGGUUCGUGGUGAGGGCGAGGGCGAGGGCGAAGAUGAUGACGAUGAUGCGAAGGACAACACCCCUCAACAACCACAGCCACAGCCAACACCGGCUCAGAAAGGCAGGAAACGGACAGCUCUAGCAAAGGACGAAGACAAUAAAGAGGAAACCCAGGCACCGAAACGACGAUCACAACGCAAAAGAUGA